UCGCAUCUGCCGGACUUCCCCACUUUCACCUGCUCAAAAUAUGUCAAAAUGUCAAAAAUUACCUAAUAACAAAAAUAGUUGGGAAAACAUCUGGAAAAGUGUUGUGAAAAAUUAACCGCCUGCACGUUGGCCCCGUCUGCGAAGCGCCCCCUUCCAAUGUCAUGUUUCUCCGCGGAAUUGACUGAAUUAUCGCAAAAUGCUUCAAUCCAAAUGUCGGCAUUCGAGUGCCCUACCUUUAGAAACGUGCUCGUUUUGCAACUCAUCCUCCCCCGAAAGCCUGCUCGAUAUUUGCUUCAACUACAUCAACAACAACCUGGACACGAUAUGUGUCUCCUGCAAGAUCACAGGCCGGUUGCGCCUCAAAGAAGGGGUGCAUUUACCCGUCGAGAUCUGCGAGAAGUUCCUCAACGUGCGGUCGAAUAGCCUCGUGAGAGUCAACUCGAACUUCAUCCACAUAUUCAGGGACAGGCAAAGUACGAGGCUCAAGCGGGUGCGUUUACGGGACAUUGACAUCACAGACAGGGACCUGGAGGUGCUGCUAAGGCACCGCCUGUCCGAACUCGACGUUUCGUACGUCCCCAACCUCUCCUCAGGCUGCAUCAAGCACUUGACCGAGUACGGCACCCUGCUCACUUCUCUAACAAUCGGCGAAGAAACGGAGAUUUUCCCGACGAAAAUCUUCGGCAAAUUGAAAUUCACCGAGGAACAUUACGACCGCGGGUUUAUUUUCUUGGCCCCCAAUCUCAAAAAACUGACCCUGAAGCGCUUAAACGCCCUCCAGCCGGACUUUUUCGUCUUGUUGUUGCGGCAUUUCUCCGCUUUGACCCACUUGGAUUUGUCGGGUUGUAGCGACUUGGGGGGGUUUGAGUACACGGAACAUUUAGUGAAUUUGACCUCGCUGGUGCUGUACAAUGUGACGGGGUUGGAAAAUAUGGUCCCGGCGAUUUGUAAAUUGAAGUCGCUGCGACACCUCGAUAUUUCGCAGUCGAGGGAAGAGAACGGGAGGUAUGAGAAUGGGGGGCAGAUUCUGACGACGAUUGUUAAUAAUUUGCCCAAAUUGACAUCGCUUGAUAUCUCGGGGACGAAUUUGGCGGGCCGGGGGGUGGCUGAUGUGGCCUCAGGGCCUGUGGCGUCCGAUAUUCCAGCGCUGAGUUCGAGGAUGAAUAACCCGUUUCAGUAUUUGGGGCUGUAUGAGACCUCGCAUGAUGCCUGUCUCAGGCACGAUAUUCCAGCGAAAUUGAUUGCUGGAAACGCGAACGAAGAGCAAAUUUUAGUCGCAGCAUUAGCUUUUCUCGACCGCACUGACAUGCUCCAAAAAGUCCUCAACGAGCUUUUCCAUCUGUUACGUUUCGAAAGUUGUGCCUACGUUGGUCAAGCUUUAAACAUAGUUUUGGACGCAAUGAAUCGGCAUUUAACCGAAAGACACGUACAAAUUUCGGGCAGUGCCACACUUUUUUACAUUGUCAAAGGUACAGGAAAACAACUUCAUGACGCUGUUAGGGUAAAAAGACGAAUAAUUACGGCUUUAUUGAACGGAAUGAGUGUGCAUAGGACGGACGAAACGAUGAUGAGGAACGGGUGCUUGACGUUGUGUCAGUUUAAGAUUCCUUCGGAUGUGCUUUUUGAUUACGAACGAUUGGUCGAUAUUCUGCUCCAUUCGGUUCAUGGAAUGGCACAAGAGAGUUUCGUCCAAAGGAUAGGAAUUUAUCUUUUAAAUUCUCUAGCUUGUCAAGUCGAUAGGCAACAAAAAGCGAAAUUAGGAGAACUUGGAGCUAUUGAUAAAAUGAUUUGGUUGAUUGCUGAUAGACUGGAAAGAGGACACUGUGAUGAUGUUUUAGAGGUGGCUUGGUCAACUAUGUGGAACGUCACCGAUGAAACGCCUUCUAAUUGUAGAAAAUUUUUAGAAAUCAAAGGAAUGGAGUAUUUCUUGCAGUGUCUCGAGAAAUUCCCCAACAAAGACGAACUUCUUCGAAACAUGAUGGGUCUCUUAGGCAACGUGGCCGAAGUUCGUGAAUUGCGCCACUUUCUUGUCACUUCCAAAUAUCUAACAGUUUUUUCGGACCUUUUGGAUUCGAGAAGUGACGGAAUCGAAGUGAGUUACAACGCUGCCGGUGUCAUAUCGCAUAUUGCAUCAGAUGGGCCCGAUGUUUGGCUCGUUUUUCAACCAACAAGAGCUUACGUUUUGAAUAAAAUGGUGCGAGCUAUAGACCGGUGGGAUUUGAAUUCGCAAAGGAAUAUCAAUUAUCGGUCGUUUGAGCCGAUUUUGUAUCUGGUCAAAGUGUAUCACACGCCAGAGUGCCAGAAAUGGGCCGUGUGGGCGCUGGCCAACAUGACCAAAGUUUAUCCUGAAAAGUACUGCUCCUUGAUCGAGAAAGAGGGCGGUUUGGAGUUGCUCCAGGAGUUGAUCGAACAUCCAUCUCCUCCAGCUCCUGUGAAGAACUUAGCCCAUUUGGUGAUUGAAAAUUGCCGGAGGUACAAGGAGCAGGAGUGGACGAACUUGGAGGCUCAAGUGGAGGUGCAGCUCGACGGUUAAUUUGUUAUAUUAUUUAUGUUUACUUUAUUAAUACUUCGGAACGAUGGAAAUUCCUUUGUGAUUGAUUGCGUUGAUUAUAUAAUUUUAUUUUUUUAUUUUCUUCAAGGGUAAUCGUAACCACAUUUAUUGCGCAUGUGUGGACUGUUAGUUAAACUAAUUGCUACUGUACAUAAUUUAUUUCCAAUAUGAUGUAUUAAAUGGGUUAGCCUUACUCUGUGGAAUUAGUUUCUCUAUUUUAUCAUGACAUUAUUAUUAUUAUGUUAUUUAUGCCAUUUAAUUAUAUUUUAUUUAUCUAAGUCUAGGUUUUUUACCUGUCCUAUUAUCACCCGUUUGUAAGCGGAAGUCGAUGGUGGCACUUUUCGGCGAAUUUGUUACAGCUUGAAUAAAUAAUUUAAUAAA